GACAAGACAAGACCAUGUGAUUGUCCUAUAUACUCACAACAAGAAAACGGGAGAAAGAGACAAAAGCCACAGCCACACCCGCAACCCCGCACCUCCAACUCCAUCAUCCAUCCAUCAACAAAUGGAUCAAGAUCGCCAUCGAACGGUAUGUCUUACUUUUACCCCACAACAACUCCUGCAAGUCUUCAGUAAGUAUACUACGUACAUGUCCGCCCCGAUGUCUCGGGAAUCACCCCACCCCACCCUUCCCCAAAACCAACAUACGCAGGAUCUGAGUCAAAAUCAUAUGCUACAAGGCAAGACACAAACAAUCCCAAGUAACCUUAGACUGGUCGAACUUUGCCUAAACUUCGAGGUCAGAAAUCUACUUGGUUGGGUUUCACUUUGCUUUUUCCAGGGUCUUCCAGGGAACAACAAGACAAUAUGGAAGGGAAUAAGGGGGUUGGUUGGAGAGUCGGAGAAUUGGACUGCGUCUCUUGGCUCGUGUUCGUUUUUUUUUUUUUUUUUCAGAUGCCUUUCUGCAGGCAGGAGGAUACUAUAUAUAGAAUUGAGUAGACCCUUGAUCCAUCCAUGGCUUACAGGAUUCGUGGUGGGAAUCUGGGGUAAACACUGACGACAGCAGUCAUAGUGUAGGUACUGGCACUGACUUUACUUUAACUGGACCACUGAGCAGGGACGGUUCGGUUACUGGAUUUGAUUGGAAUUCUUUACCCCAUCGUCAGCAGCAGCAGCAGCACUGAAAAUAGGCCGUGACAGCACGUGUAGGUGGUCCAGGAUCGACAUAUCUUAAUCGCAAUGCAACGCCAGGAACGAGCUGAGUUCGCUCUAAAAUGUAGGUGGUGGCGUGACAAGACCCUGGAGAGGCACAGGCAACUACAAGACACUGCAUCUAUCACACU